AUGCUUGACCCUAACAUGGCUCAGGAGGCCAAAUCAGGAAUAGAACAAUCUUGGUCAUUGAUGCAUGAUAAGGCAGAUGAUGGUCUUGGCUGGGGUUGCUGCCCCAGGCCUUGCCUUUCCUUCAUUUUUUUCCUUUUUUUGUCUUUUGUCCUCUUCUCAAAAGUUGAAAGUUUCAGCAGUCUCUCUCUCUGUGUCUCUCUCUCCUCCUUUCUCUCUCUCUCUUUCUCUCCUCCUUUUCUCUCUCUCUCUCUCUCCUUUUCUCUCUCUCUCUCUACCUUUUCUCUCUCUCUCUCCUCCCUUUCUCUCUCUCUCCUCUUCUCUCUCUCUCUCUCCUCCCCUUUUUCUCUCUCUCUCUCCCCCUUUUUCUCUCUCUCUCUUCUCCCUUUCUCUCUCUCCUCCUUUCCUCUCUCCUUCCUUCUCUCUCUCCUUUUUUCUCUCCUCUCUCUCCUUCUCUCUCUUCUCCUUUUCUCUCUCUCUCUCUCUCUUUCUUUCUCUUCUCCUUUUACUCUCCUUCUCUCUCUCUUCUCCUUUUACUCUCCUUCUCUCUGUCUCUUCUCCUUUUCUCUCCUCUCUCUCUCUCUCUCUUCUCUUUCUCUCUUUCUCUCUCAAUCUCUCUCUGGACUAUCUUUUCUCUCUCCUCUCUCUCUCCUCCUUUUCUCUCCCUCUCUCCUCCUCUCUCUGUCCUCCUCUCUCUCUCUCUCUCUGUCCUCCUCUCUCUCCUUCUCUACCCUCCCUUUUCUCUCUCUCUAUCCUCCCUUUUCUCUCUCUCUUUCUCUCUCUAUCCUCCCUUUUCUCCCUCCCCCUCCUUUUUCUCUCCCCUUCCUUUUCUCUCUUCCUCCCUCUCUCUCCUUUCUCUCUCUCUUUCCUUUCCCCACACACACACACACACACACACUUCAAUGA